UUUCAAUCAGAGCAGUUCACAAUUUCCUUACAUUAUUUCCAAUAUGAUAAUUUGUACCUUAUGUGAGCCAGCCAUGGUUCUUCUUACUGUGCUUUUCCCAUGCAUCAUUUCCACAUAUUCAGCAUCAGUCAAAGGCCACAAUACUGGUCCUCGAAUAAACAAUGACAAAUUAUACAAAUUUACCUAUUCCACCCAAGUUCUUAUUGACAGAGUGAGAGGUUUACCCCAUGAGAGUGUGGGCUAUCAAAUUGCAUCUGGAGUGGAUGUCAACUUAGUAUGGAGAAAUCCCAAUAAUGACGAUGACCAGUUGAUCAAAAUUGCGAUUACAGAUGUAUCACUUGAAAAUGUGAACGAGCGUCCUGUAGCAAAAGACAUUUUUCAGCAGAAAAACACCAAUAAACUAUAUGAAGAAGAACAUCUUGCUGCUUUAAAAAGGCCUGUAUUUCUGCAUUGGAUUCGUGGAAAGGUUAAAAAUUUCUACUGCUAUGAAGAUGAACCUUCUAUUAUCAAGAAUCUCAAGAGAGGCCUGGCUAGUUUGUUUCAAAUACAGCUAAAUUCUGGAUCUACCAGCGAGAUUGAUAUUUGUGGAAAAUGUAAUGUGACUUAUCAAAUUCGGCAGAAUCAGAUCACUAAAGUGAAAGCCCUGAACUCUUGCAAGUUAGAACAGCCAAGUGUAACCAACCACAAUCAGCUCUUCAAGGUGACGAAAAAAGCCACUUCAGCUGUAAUUUAUGUACUGGAGGACACCUUCAUUAAAUCUGUGCGGGCUGAAGAAAAUCAUAUUUUUAAUUUGAAAUCUCUGCAACUUAUUGAUGCAAAGGUUAUUUCAAAGCAGAAACUGGAACUGAAGUCAACUGAAGCUGGUCCAAGAAUGAAAGCUGGGAAGCAAGUUGCCAGCAUUAUAAAGGCUCUGGAUUCAAAUUAUGUGGCAAUUUCUUUGAUGGCAGAUCCUGUCUCUCAUGAAUGCAAAAGUUGUCCAUCACUGUUUCAGCAGUGGAUGGGCAUCCAAAAACAGCUUGAACCAGAUAAUCUUUCAAAAGCCGAUGCCGUAAAAGGAUUUUUGGUAUUUAUCAAGAGCCUGAAGAAAGCAACAAAAGAAGAAAUCUUACAGCUACUGAGAAAUGAAAAUAAUACAGAAAUACUUCCCCAACUAGUUGACGCGGUGGCCUCCGCACAUACUUCAGCCUCUCUGGAAGCGAUGUUAGAUUUUCUGGAUUUCAAGAACAAGAGUGGAUCUCUCCUUCAGGAACGAUUCCUCUAUGCUUCUGGUUUCACUUCUCAUCCCAAUGAGUUAUUACUCAGAUCUUUAAUUAAUAAAUUCAGGAGUCCAAUUGGCAACAAUGAAAUCAGAGAAAUGGUUAUUAUUAUUGCUGGCGCACUCAUCAGAAAACUGUGCAACGUUGGAGGCUGCAAAUUGCCUGCUGUUGUAGAAGCCAAGAAACUGAUAUUCCAAGGCUUGAACAGAGCAGAUAAAGCUGAUGAUGUGAAGAUGUUCCUUUUGGCACUGAAAAAUGCCCUUUUGCCAGAAGCUGUUCCUGUGCUGCUGAAAUUCGCUGAGUCAGGAGAAGGACCUAUCAGCAACAUCGCCGUUACUGCUCUACAGAGAUAUGAUCAUUCUUCCAUAACUACUGAGGUGAAAAAAACCAUGAACAGGAUUUAUCACCAGAAUUAUAAAGUUCAUGAGAAGACUGUACGAACCACAGCUGCUGCUAUUAUCUUCAACAGCAACCCGUCCUUCAUGGAAGUUAAAAACCUCCUCCUCUCUAUUGGAGAGCUGCCACUGGAAAUGAAUAAGUACAUGCUUUCACUAGUCCAGGACAUACUACGUUUUGAAAUGCCUGCCAGCAAAAUGAUCCGUAAAGUUCUGAAGGACAUAUUGAUUCAUAAUUAUGACCGAUUUUCAAAAAUGGGUUCUUCUUCGGCCUUCUCUGGUUACUUAACACGUGACCAAGUUCUAUCGUCUACAUAUAGCCUUGAUAUACUGUACUCUGGUUCGGGCAUCUUAAGAAGAAGCAACAUGAAUAUCUUUCUUUUCAAUAAAUUUGCUCAACUUCAUGCCAGCCAGGUGGUAAUUGAAGCUCAAGGUCUGGAAUCUAUUAUAGCUACAUCUGCAGAUGAAGGAGAAGAAAAUCUUGACUCCUUUGCUGGUUUGUCAGCAAUCGUGCUUGAUGUUCAACUCCGGCCAGUUACCUUUUUCCAAGGAUAUAGUGAUUUAAUGUCUAAAAUGUUCUCGGCCACUGGAGACCCCAUUAAUGUAGUGAAAGGGCUCAUCCUUCUGUUGGAUUUCUCACAGGCUAUCCAGCUGCAAUCUGGGCUGAUUUGCAGUGCUGAAUUCAAGGGAGGUGUGACUAUCGAUGCAUCAGGAGGAAUGGAAUUCAGCCUUUGGUACAGAGAAUCCAAAACAAAAGUUAAAAACCGGGGAGCUGUGGCUAUGGUUGGUAAUUUUGUUGUGGACGCUAUGUUUGUGAACACUGGCCUGGAAACCACUACUGAAAUUGAAGCAAUGUUGGAUUUUGUCACCACAGUGAAAUUUUCGCAAUACCCAUUUUUAGUGUGCAUGCAGAUGGAUAAAACCGAAAGUCCAUUUAGGCAAUACCUAACAAAAUACGAAAGUCUUCCUUCUGGAAAGCCAUACAUCUCUCGAAAAAGAAAAGUGAACUUGUUGGCAGGUUCUGAAUAUCCCCUUCACCAAGAAAACUCCAAUAUGUGCAGGGAAGUUUUCAGUGACCAAGCUGAUUUUUCUGAAUCUUGGUUUUGAAAUAGGCACCUGAUCUUGCAUUUCACCAAAAACCUAGCUGAUUCCGGCUUCAAGUUUUGCUACCUUCGUUUAGAGCCUAAACCUAUAAUUUACAACUCUGUGAGAACUUUGUUGUAUUGAACUUUAAGAGGCCCAGGAUUGAGUCUUCUGCACCGUGUUUACAUAUUUACAUAUAUUUAAAAGAUUUAUUUUGGGUUUGUUUGUAACAUGCUAGGAAUACAACUUAUUUCAAAUCCAGAUAUUCAUUUAAGACCAUUAGAGGUCAUAGGACAUAAUUCUGCUUGGAUCUCUUAAGAGCAUUUUCUGUUAUUUAAGAGGAAAAAUAACUUGGGGGUGAGAUACUUGAUGGAACUGAAGUUUUAAUCAGUUCCUCACUGUCUUCUGUAAUUUAUAAUCACUCCCUACACCCCAUUCAAAAUUGUUAGCCUUGGACAGAAAAAUAAAUAAUACUAUAUGUGUUGUUUUACCUCUCUGCACCUGACAGCAAUUUCAACAGCCAUUUCAGUAAUUUUAGAGCUGCUAGUGUAUUUUCUCUUAGAGUCAGAGGGUUCACUGAAGAGCUUAUAUAAUUCUUGAUUGCAAACUUUUCUAGUUAUCCAUGCUAGGGAAAUUGCUUGAGAAAGCUAUGCAUUUUAGGCAAAUUUGCAAAGAAAUAUGCCCAAAGAAAUGUGCAUUACAUUUCAUUGUAAAUACAUACAAAUUAAAAUGCAAAUUUUAUUGUAAAAUUUUAAAAAUAACUUUAUCAACUUUGAUAAUAACAGAAACUGAAAAAAAUGCUAACAGAGUUUUACAAUGAAAAAGAAACCGAAAUUUGAAACAUUUAAACAACAAAAGAAAAAAGCUGCAAUUAAUCCAGUCAGAAGUUUCCUUUUCUCAUAUUUAUCAUUUGGUGUUACAAGUCAAAACAAUAUGUAUUGUUUCUUAAACCAUACAAAACCUAUGUUCAUUAUGGGAGUUCUUGAAAAUUACUCAAUAAAACAAACACUAUUUAAAAUUUUAUUUAGAUUGCCCUUCUCAGCUAUUUUACACUGAGAAAUCAUAACUUUAAUGGAACCAUAAUAAAGUGGCUGCCAUAAAAAAUAAAAAAAAUCUUCUGUGCUAAAAUUGCUUAAAGGGUUAUUAGCAAAAUUCAGCCAAAACAUGUUCCUUUUGCAAGUCUUAAUACAAUGUGUAGAUACAUUUCUUUGAAGUCUCAUUCAUCUUAAUGGUUUCAGCAGAUGGUUUUUUAACUAGAAUAUAUUUUAGAUACUAUUUAUCUGUUAAAGAAUAUUGGGUACAAUUUUUCAGAAGUAUUCGGCUAGUCUUACUCAUUAGUAAAUGCAUUUGAAGAUUGCAGCUAAGAUUUAAGUUAAUAACUCAUGCGUUCAUAAUUUAUCUUUAUUUUAACUUUCAUAUGCAUAUGGUGGGAAGACAAUAGAGUUGAGAACAUUAAUCUUCCUCCCUCUAAGUCCAAACCUGUUUCCAGUGUAAACAAACAUAGUCCAAGAUGAUGCUUUGUCAAGAUCUUAUAUGCUUCAAGGAACAAUGUGAUGGUCAUUCAUCACAAAACUGGAACAGAAACCAGGAGAAAAUCAGAGAUAAAGAACAGAAUGUUUUUUUUUCCUUUCUCAGUUUAUUAUGGCUUUAUAAUCAUCUUUUCCAUAUGCUAGGCUGGAAAUGGAUGCCUAUACCACAAUAUGAUGUAAGGAUUUGUAAUUUUUUACUUGAGUGGAAAAUGUACCCUCCCUAGUUUGGGAAGUACUAAAUACAAUUAGCUUUAAAUUAAUCCAUCUAUGUAAUGUAAAAAUUGUUGUUGGCUUCCUUCCCCCACCCUUUCUAAUAAAACUACCUUAUGUGGAAUUGCCCUCAAAUUCUCAUUUCAAAACUGAUAGUGAAAUGAAUAAAAAAACAAAGUCUCUGAAUUAAGGAAUGCUUAGACAUUCAGGGAGUGUCUAAAGAUGACUAGACUCCACUAACAUUGCAGUUUCCUCUCAUGUGAGAUCGUACAGUA